AUGCCUGGGGUGGCAGCUGCAGCUAAGGGCAGUGCAUCCCGCAAGGCAUUGAAGCAGUUGCUGACUAAAGUCACCGAGAAGUCACCUAAGAAGUGGAGGAAAUCUCGCAAGCCGAGCUAUUCCAUUUAUGUGCAUAGGGUGCUGAAACAGGUCCACCCUUCCACCAGGAUCUUGUCCAAGGACAGGAGUGUUAUGAAUUCCUUUGUUGUCGACAUUUUCGAGUGCAUCGCCUCCAAGGUUUCGCACCUCAUUCACUACAACAAGCGCCACACCAUCUCGACAAGAGAGAUCCAGAGCGCCGUCCGUCUCAUGCUGCUGGGGGAAUUGGCCAAACACGGCGUCCCUGAAAGCAUGAAAGCUUUCACCAAAUAUACCAACUCUGUUUAG